AUGGUAUCAACUGCUAUCGAUACUGGCGCCCCGCGCCCCGAACGCCCCCGUCCACCGCCGCCUGCUGUUGUAGAGGCGGAACAGCAAUGGCUUUUCACCGACGAAGAGCUUCUUCAAGCCCCCUCAAUCGUUGACGGCAUCACCCCCGAGGAAGAGCGAACACUGCGCCGGAAAGGUGUAAACUUCAUCCUACAAGUAGGAAUGAUGCUGAAGCUACCUCAAACCACCCUCAGUACUGCCGCGGUCUUCUUCAACCGGUUCCUGAUGCGCAACUCAUUGAAGAAUCGGCCAGGCUACAAAGCAUUACAUCACUAUCAAAUCGCCGCCACCACUUUAUUCUUAGCCACCAAGGUUGAAGAGAACUGUCGAAAGAUGAAGGAGCUCGUCAUUGCCUGCGUCCGAGUAGCUCUGAAGGAUCCAAACAAACUCGUGGAUGAACAGACGAAAGAUUUCUGGAAGUGGCGAGACACGAUACUUUACUCUGAGGAUGUUGUUUUGGAGACCCUUUGCUUUGAUCUCAGCGUGGAAUCGCCAUACAAGAUCAUGUACGACAUGCUCAAAUAUUACGGAGUUGAGCAUAACAAGAAGCUGCGCAACGCUGCAUGGGCCUUUCUAUCCGACUCAUGCCUCACACAAAUCUGCCUACUUUUCACAUCUCGGACGAUUGCCGCCGCCUCCCUCUAUGCAGGCGCCCGCCUAGUGGAAGUCGAACUACCAAAUGAGGAUGGAAAACCUUGGUGGGAAGUGCAGCUGAUCAAACUCCGCGACAUUCGACGAGCCUGCAAUCUGAUGGCGGAUAUAUAUGAAGCAUCUUCCAGCAAGGAUGGAGAAGCAUCUAUAUAUGUAGGUUUAAGAUCGCCUGAGGACGGGAUUGAUUUCGAGACGCCGAUGAGCCUAACGAACAGCCAGGCUCCGGAUCAGCCGCCCGCCAAUGGCAACGUUAACAGCAAUGAUAACGGUAAUGGCAAUGGCCACGGAGCCGAGGAGAUGAGUGAAGAGGGCGAACUGGACGGGUAGGACGGCCUUGUCUUUUAGUACUCCUUUGUCAACGAUUCUCUCUUGCAUUUUCAUGGCAGGCUGGCGUUUGCGGAUUGCUUAUAACGAAGAUACCCCUGGGCUGGCAGGGUCAGGAUCCGCCUGUUGAUAUUCUUAUCUUUCCAAUUAUUCUUCUUUUCCACAGAUUGGCUCUUAGAGAGACGCACAAAUCUAUUUCUCUUCGUCCCACUUGCUUGAAAGCUUGCUAAUACUAAAAUUGUCAUCUCCUCAUUUCCAGUUACAAGUUAUGCGUAAUGUUUCAAUUAUUAAACUUGUUUUCCUCAACCAUUAGAUCCACUUUUCAUUCAUGUUCCCACUUUCAGAGCGAUCUGGGUGUAUGGUGCACGGACCAUGCCUCCCAGCCUCAUGAGAGCAACACCAGCCAUCGACUUUCCUGCCAUCAC